AUGGAUAUUUCUGAAGCGGAAAUACCUCCGAGAAGGGAUGCCAUAGGUAGUCUACACGGUUUCUGUGAAGGAUAUGCCUACGAGACAAUUUUGCCCUACUCCCAGGAUGUAUUUACACACAAGCCGCAAACAGAGACUUUAAACGGCAGGUCAACUCCCCUGAGCCAGGACCGUUGGGCGCCCCCUAUUAAACACCAACGGACAAUCAGUGCCCAGAUCCACAGGUCCGCUUCACCCGAACAAUACUACUGGGCGGGUAUUCACGAGACAGCGUUACAAGGACAAGGCUCACAAGCUACAGACCAGGCAGAUGCUAUAAUUAGGGUUGCCCAAAGACAUGUUCCCGAGUUCUCAGAGCUUCUUCAGAACAGCCCUCUUCAAAAAAGCCGAGACUCCUCGCCGGCUUAUAAAGACAUCCAAGAAGCUACACAUCUAGAUCCCGAAGAGGCGCCAAAGACCCCAGUCACCAGAACAGCGAAGCCUGAUGAUUUCAAAGUUUUAAAUGACAUUUCUGAGGUAGACGAUUUGAUGUUCUGUGAAGUGGCCAACCUUAUUGAAGCGGCCAAUUCUGGUGGGGCAACAGCCUCUUGUGAAAUAGACCAAGCCGUGCUUUUCAAGGCUUUUACACAGGGUUUAAAAUCACGAAAGGCUUUACUUCAACGUCGUAUGGGUAUUCUAUUCGAACAUCAAUACAAUCAGGAUGUGUCAUUCUGGCGUAGAGAGCUUCCCCGCAUGUUAAACAACAGUAGGGUUAAAACAAGCAAAUACCUCCGUUAAAAAACACAUAUGUAAAAAAAAAAAACACAAGCACACACAUCCUUAAGUAGAGAAAUGGCGCCCCCUAUAGACCUAAGCGAGACAAUUGAAACCCUCUUAGCGGAAAUCCCUACAGAGCUCCAAGAUAUAAUUAACCAUAUGAAUGAUUCUGGGCUAAUUGACAUAGGGGCUAUAGAUGAAAACCUAUUAUCCCAGAUUCCCUCCGAACUCAUUGAAAUUAUUACACGUAUGAAUGAGUCAGGGUCUGCAGAUGAAAACAGGUUAUCACAGAUACCCGAAUCAAUCAUAUCUUUAAUUACCCAGAUGAACGAGAGCCCAAGGUUUAAUUCUGCACCCCCUACACCUCUAAGCCAUCCUUUAACACCCUUGUUCGAAGAGGAAACCCAAUACGAUGUUUUUGAACAGCUGAACAAAUGUCUAUCAAAUCUGGAGCGGGAAGGU